UUCAGAUGUCGAUAUUUGUGGAGAUAUGUGCCUCUGCCUGUUUGAUUGCAUCGGAAACAAGACAGGAAUAAUACAAACGCAUCUUAUCUUGUUAUAAGAAAUAGGAUUUAUUUUAGAGGAGAAGUUAAUGAGAUUUAUUAGAGAAAUGAAUUAAUGGAAUGAAAAAAUAUCGUGGAAUAUAUUUGUGGAAUGUUUUAAUCAUUAUUUUCAAUUUGAGGGAAUGUAUGGAUGAAACAAUGAAAAUAUGCAAAAAUGCUACACGAAGACGAUUGCUCGAAAGCGUUUGAGGCGGUACUUGCUCAAAGUGGGAAGUUUGGGCAUUAUCAGCGCCGUCUGUAUGCAGUCGUCUGCUUUAUGCAUGUCGUCUGCACGUCCAUUCUCACGUACAUGAAAUUUGUCCCAAAUCUGGAACUGAAGCAAGACUGCACAGAGAUUAUCGAAAUGGAAGCGGGAAAUUCCACUUUCAUUUUCCUGCAUUUCAACGAGACGGCGACAUUCUCUAUCAAUUGUCAUACAUUUUAUGAUAAUGAUAUUGGACUAGAAUUUGACUGGACAUUUCCGGAGUGGGCAUUCCCAGGUUAUGAUACAGAUGUCCGGACCGUGGUUCAUUACGGGCAAUGUAUUGGACUGGCGGUGGGGUUUGUUCUUGGUUCAAUCCUCUCUGAUACGUUAGGACGACGACGUGUGAUGUAUGUUUUCUUUACAUUGUUGUGUUUAACCCAGUGCUUGUGUGCCGUUGCUCAUUCAUGGAAAAUAUUCCUCGUAUGUCGUGUUAUUGUCGGAUUUGGCGCGGGCGGUUUCAUCUUGACAAGCCUGGUUCUCCUAAUAGAAUACGUGGGGCAUGACUGGCGAGAUAUUUGUAUAUGUCUGGUACCCUGGUGGCUCGGACCAAGUCUUUUAUCGUUAGAAGCAUUGGCUACAAGACAUUGGAGGUUUCUGGCGCUCGUCUCUGGACUGGCGGGAGGUCCACUCAUUGGCUCAUAUUUUAUAGUUUUUGAAAGUUCAAGGUGGCUGCUAUGUCAUCACAGAUUCUCUGCGGCAGAACAUACGAUAAAAGAAGUGGUGGCCUGUAAUUGCCGCUCUGUGCCAGAACUAACCACAUUGUUUGAUAUUGCAAGGACUUGUAUUUUAAAUACAAUGCAUAAAAAGACUUUUACCUUUCUGGAUUUGUUUACAACAAGUAAACUAAGAAGGGGUACAAUUGCUGUGAUAUUUACAUGGUUUUUAGGAUCUACUGUAUACUGUGGAUUAUUUCGAGAUAUACGUCAGUUGACGUCCAAUCCCUACCUCAAUAACUUCAUCUUGUAUAACACAGACGCCAUUGUCAUUGUCUGUGCAGUUCUCAUCAACAAAUGUUUAGGUCGUCGAUGGUGUUUGUUUUUGUACGCAAUGUCGUCUGGUCUAGUCUCGUUGUGUAUUCUCGUCUUGCACGUGAGCAACGAGACCAUGGAUAUGAGUAUGAUCAACUCGCUGGGAUUUUUCACAAAAAUGGGCGUCACAACAACGCUGACCAUCAUUAACCUGGUUACCCUGGAAACAUAUCCAACUGUGGUCAGAACUAUGGGCUUAUGUGUUGGGUUUUUAGCUGGUCUUACGGGCUAUAUUUUAGCAGACAAAGUUAUCGUGUAUUUGGAGCCAUUCCACUACACAGUCCCUUUCCUUGUUUACGGGGGUAUGAUGUGCAUCCUUGCAUUUGGCGUUCUUUUUUAUCCAGAAACCAUCAGAAAACCACUUCCGGAUAUUCUUCGAUGUCGUCAUAGGAACUUGUGUGCUCACGACCCUAUACAAUUAUCUAAUCCCGUUACACAUGGUUGGUUUUCGUGAUAAUACAUUCCAUACAUCUGACAAGAAGAUAUUUGUGUUAAUCUUUACUUCUGGAUUUGUGAUUUAGACAUACGGAGAUUAUCGUGUUUCAAUGGAGGGUGUGGAGAAAAACGUGUGCCUUAGAAAAAUACAUUUUGAAGUGCCUUAAUUACUGUAGAAGAACAUUGAUCAACUUGCGGACCACAGCACAUUUGUUAAUUAAAUGGUACACUUUACCAUCAUAACACAUGUACUUUGUUACUUAAUUAGUAAACCAUACCACUUGUAUUUUGUAAAUGAAUUAAUACACCAUACUAUCUGAACUUUGUUUCUAAAUUGAUAAACCAAAUGUACUUUGUUAAUGUAUUAAUACACCAUAACAGUGUAUUAUAUUAAUGAAUUGAUUUACCAUACUACUGUACUUUGUUUCUAAAUUAAUGAACCAUACCUCUUGUACUUUGUUAAUGGGUUAAUAGCCCAUACCACUGUACUUUGUUAAUGAAUUGAUUUACCACACUACUGUACUUUGUUUCUAAAUUGAUAAACCAUAUCACUUAUACCUUGUUAACGGAUUAAUACACUACGUCACUGUACUAUGUUUAUUUAUUGAUUAAUUGAUUUACCAUACUACUAUACUUUGUCUUUAAAUUGAUAAACCAUACCACUGUACUAUGUUAAUGAAUCGAUAAACCAUACCACUUGAACUUUGUUAAUGGAAUAAUACACCAUACCAAUGUACUAUGUUAAUGAAUUGAUAAACCAUACCACUGUACUUUGUUUCUUAAUUCAUCUACAAUACCACAUGUACAUUACACAUGUUGUCUUCAAAGGAAAAUGUAAUAUAUUCACUUCAACCGUACUAUAUACAU